AUGUCUCAAAUCGAUCCCGACUUUUCAUCUAUCCAAAUAAUCACAAGGCAGUUCUCUGAUUCAUGGUUAAACAAAGUCAUCAUUGAGUCCCUAACCCAUGGCAUGUACAUGGCCUUGUUUGCCAUCGCACUAUUGCAAAUAUUGUCGAGCACAACUAUCCAUAGGCGGCAGGUGAAGAUUCUUGCUGGGAUCUCAGGGUUCAUGUACAUCAUGGCAACGAUGCAUAGACAGAAGAAACGAGGUAUUCCUGCUACAUUGAAGAGGCUCUGUGCAUUGAAGAGGCUGGCUGUGGGCACCUGUGGAAUAGUGAGCGGGCUAAAAGGCGAACCUCAAAAACCCACACACACACUCACACAGCUACACAAACUACAAUCACCCUCAGUUUAUCUUAUUCUCAGCGCUCUUAGCGAAGCUAAGCUUUCUCUAAUGAAUCCCUAA